AUGACACAAGACAUUUCAAAAGAAGUACUAGCUCUUUCCAUCCAUGUUGCUGCAGCUGCUUCCUAAAUCACUAUCUAAACUUAAUAAAGGAUGACUUUAGUUACAAAUAGUGUUUUAGAGAGUGUAGACUAAACAUUGAAGAUUGUCAAUUCAAUUAUGAUGUAAUCAUAAAAAUAAUCUCAUUUGGAUGCAGUUAUAGAAGAAUUUGAAGAUGAUUGUGGUAAAGAUUCAAAAACAAAAGAAUGUUAUAUAGAUUAAUAACUUAAUGUUAUUAACAAUUAACAAUCAGUUUAAAUUAAAAUUGAAAAUAUGAAGUGUUAAGAAAAUUUUAAUCCAAACAUGUCAGUCAAAUCAACUAAUUCUAAUUGUUAUAGUAUUUAAAAAUAAAAAACAAAAAGUUAAAUAAUAGUAGAGAAACAAUAAAAUUAAAAUCUAACUAAUGAUACUCCAAUCUAAUAAUAGAAAUAAUCACUGCUUUCUUAUUAAUUAUCUUAAAUUAAAGUUGAUAAAGUAAAAGAAGCAUAAGAAUAAAAGGAAUUAAUGAUAUUAAUUGAUUAAGUUGAUCCAGAAGAAUUAAUUACUAAAUUGAAAUCUAUGGAAAUGAUUUGUCCAUAUCCAUAAGAAAAUUCAAAUUAAUUAGAAUCAAUUAUAAAUAUAAGUGAACCACUUAUUAUAUUAAAUGCUGAAUAAUGUUAAUAAUAAAAAAAAACAUCUCCAAAAAAAUCAGAAUGGUAUGACAGUUCUUCUGUUGAAUAUAAAGCUACAUCAUAUAAUACCAAUGAAUCAUCUAAUUUAGAUCAUCAUUCUUAUAAAUGGAAAAGUAGUAGUAUUGAAGAUGAAAAUUUAUUGCAAGAUUGUGAAUUUUAAUUUUAAUCUUCAGUAUUUGAUUUUCCAUUUCCAGAAGAUUUUUGUACUAAUAGUAUAAAUGUGUAAUAGAAUUUUCAACAAUUAGAAAAUAAAAACUAAUUUACUCCUAAAAAGAAGAGAUUAUACUGUAAUAAUAAAAAGGUUCCUCAUUGGGCUGAAAAUUUAUAGGUAUUUUUAUUUUGAAUAUUUUUUAGAAAGUUUAACAAUAUUAAUCUUAAUAAUAUCUUUUACCUCAUCAUUAAAUCUUUGGUAAGAUGAAAAACAGAGUUUUAGAAAUAGCCAAAUAGUUUUCAGAAAGUAGAUAUUAAAGAAGAGGAAGUUCAGCUUAAUGGCAUAUUCCUAAUAAGACUUUCGAAAUGAUGCAAUAAUAGAUGAAAAAACUAUAAUAAAUAUAAGAUGAAAAUAUGUAAAAAAUAUAACAACAUCAAAUAGAUGUAAUAAUAUGUUUAAUUAUAAUAGUCUGCACAAAAAAAUUAAGGUUUAUUUGCAAAAACAUAAUAUUUUUUAACAAGUAUUAAAAAAAAGAUCCUUAAUUCAUUUGAGAAAGAUUCAAAAUAUAAAAAAUGA